GGGUAAGGCACAACUCGUGGGUUGUUCGGGUCCCAGCUUGGAAUUUAUCUGUUGAAGCUGCGCAUGUAUCCACCGCAUCCAUAUCCGUUGAAUGUGCGUUCCCUCCGGCAACUGCAACGCAAGCAAUGGCAAGAGCGACUUGCAGUCACCUUCACCUUGUUCCCACUCUAUUGCAUCCACUCAAGUCAAACUUCUUGCGAAAUCAAACUCUUCUCCGAACCGCUCACUUCUAUGGGACUCAACGAAGGUUCUCGUCUUUUUCAUCGAGGAUAAGUAUGAGCCUUAGAGCCGGCAUCGUUGGCCUCCCCAACGUUGGCAAGUCCACUCUAUUCAAUGCUGUUGUUGAAAAUGGAAAGGCUCAAGCUGCUAAUUUUCCUUUUUGUACAAUAGAGCCAAAUGUAGGGAUUGUUGCAGUUCCAGAUUCUCGUCUCCAGGUACUUUCUAAUCUUAGUAAAUCUGUUCGAGCAGUACCUGCAUCUAUAGAAUUUGUGGAUAUUGCGGGGCUUGUAAAGGGUGCAAGUCAAGGCGAGGGACUGGGUAAUAAGUUUCUGUCGCAUAUUCGUGAGGUCGACUCUAUACUUCAGGUUGUUCGAUGUUUUGAAGACAAUGAUAUAGUUCAUGUGAAUGGUAAAGUUGAUCCAAAAUCUGAUAUUGAUGUUAUCAACUUGGAGCUUGUUUUUGCAGAUUUGGACCAGGAAGAGGCAGAAAAGUCUGCACUGGAAAAGAUUCGUGAGGCACUCUUGGAUGGAAAACCUGCACGAUCUGUGACCUUAACGGAUUAUGAAAGGGAUGCUGUAAAGCAUCUCUGCUUGCUCACCAUGAAACCUGUUAUAUAUGUAGCAAAUGUUGCAGAAUCUGAUCUAUCUGAUGCUGCAGACAAUAAUUAUGUGAAGGAAGUCACAAAAGUUGCAUCUGAGCUGCAGUCGGGAAUCGUAACUGUUUCGGCACAGGUUGAGGCCGAGCUGACUGAACUACCAAUGGAAGAAAGACAAGAAUAUUUGAAUUCGCUCGGUGUUAGUGGAAGUGGUCUUGGGAACCUAAUUAGGGCAACUUAUGGUCUGCUGGGGUUACGAACUUAUUUUACUUCUGGUGAAAAGGAGACAAAAGCAUGGACAAUACUUGCAGGAAUGACUGCACCUCAAGCUGCUGGAGUAAUUCAUUCCGACUUUGAGAAGGGCUUCAUUCGAGCAGAAACAGUGGCUUAUGAUGAUUUUGUUGCUGCUGGUUCACUAGCUGCUGCAAGAGAGAAAGGACUUCUGAGAUCCGAAGGUAAAGACUACAUUGUACAAGAAGGAGAUGUGAUGCUUUUUCGAUUCAAUGUUUAGUCGAAAUUAAUGCUCCAAGUUGGGGGUUCACAGGAGUUGAGAACUUGGCAUAUUCAAGGAGUAAAUUUUCAUAAAGUUGCUGGUUAUACUUUAGACAUGCAUUGUUUCUUUCUGUCUGUUUGUUUUAGGAGAAUGCUCCAAUCUGGAGUCCGUGAAAGAUGAGAUACAUGAUUAGUCCGAAACAACUCAGAACCUUUCUCGGCCAAUUUUUUAUCGGUUUGCGCAAGCAUUGUUUUGUUUUCAAUACACAUUAGGGAAAGUACACAUUAAUAUGUAAAAAAUAAUACAAAAAUGAAUUAGGGGUCUUUCUUUCUUUGUUUAAUCUCAUUCAUCACCUAGCCAAUGUCUCUGAUACUUGGACAUGGACGCUGACUCUUGUAUGUUUUUUCGUGUAGAUUUUCUUUUGGUUCUUAACUUCCUCUCCUAACAUACAUGUAUUUUGGUGGAUAAGCUUGGAAAUUCAAGGGAAUAGAUCUUAA